UACGACCCAAAAUGGACUUCAAGCGUGGAGGCAAAAGACAAGGAAGCGAAGGGGAGCGAAGACAGCCAUUAAAGAAUGGACAGAAUGAGACGGCUUCUAUAUUCCGUGGCCUUCUUCCCUCCAUAAUUCUCUCGCUUCCGAUCGUGUAAACAGUGUGGAUUCGCUGGAUCUCUAAUACAUUCGCUUCGGUUUUCUCUCCUAAAAUCUGUGAUCAAGGAAGCUUUGGAAACGACAGAAUACCUAAAGAGGCGCAGCGGAGAAAGAUUAAAACCAGAGGGGAUGGAAUCAAUGGCGAAGGAGAACGGAUUAGCUGCAUCUUCGAUCCCUGCGGCGACGAAUCCGAUGGUGACACCGCUACUCACCGACCAGUAUCAGUUCACCAUGGCUUACGCCUACUGGAAGGCCGGUAAACAUCAAGAGCGAGCCGUUUUUGAUCUGUUCUUCCGAAAAAGUCCUUUUGGCGGUGAAUACACAGUUUUCGGUGGUCUGGAAGAAUGCAUCCGGUUUGUUGCCAAUUUCAGACUGGACGAGGAGGAAAUUUCUUAUCUGCAAUCUGUCAUGCCAAGAUGCGAGGAUGGAUUCUUUGAGUUUCUUAGGGAUAUUGAUUGUUCAGAUGUUGAAGUUUAUGCCAUUCCUGAAGGUUCUGUUGUCUUUCCGAAGAUGCCACUAAUGAGGGUUGAAGGACCUGUUGCUGUCGUACAACUGCUUGAAACUCCAUUUGUGAAUCUUGUCAAUUUUGCGUCAUUGGUAACUACCAAUGCUGCACGGCAUCGUCUAGUUGCAGGAAAAUCUAAAACCCUGCUUGAAUUUGGUUUAAGGCGUGCACAGGGUCCUGAUGGUGGAAUGAGUGCUUCUAGAUAUUGUUAUAUUGGUGGUUUUGAUGCAACAAGCAAUGUUGCAGCAGGAAAAUUGUUUGGCAUACCACUUUGUGGGACACAUUCACAUGCCUUUGUCAGUUCGUUCAUGAGCCCGAAUGAAAUUAUAAAUCGGGAACUCCAAAGCCAUGAUGGUUCAAGUACUUGCCAGGAUUUUGUUAAUCUUGUUCAGACUUGGUUGAGCAAACUUCAGCAUGCAGUAUCAUUGCCUUGGUUUUUCGGAGAUACAAGCCAGAGUGAACUGGCAGCCUUUAUAUCUUAUGCGCUGGCAUUUCCACAUAACUUUCUGGCACUCGUGGACACAUACAAUGUAAUGAGGAGUGGUGUUCCUAAUUUCUGUGCAGUAGCCCUAGCACUAAAUGAAUUAGGGUAUAAAGCAAAUGGAAUUAGGUUGGACUCUGGUGAUCUGUCGUAUUUGUCUAUUGAAUCUAGGAAGUUCUUUCAUGCAAUAGAGAAGGAAUUUUGUAUUUCAGGUUUUGGUAAAACAACUAUCGCUGCCAGUAAUGAUCUUAAUGAGGAAACACUCGAUGCCUUGAACAAGCAGGGGCAUGAGAUUGAUUCUUAUGGCAUUGGAACCCAUCUAGUGACAUGCUAUUCUCAAGCAGCUCUUGGUUGUGUUUUCAAAUUAGUUGAGAUAAAUAAUAAACCCCGGAUGAAACUUUCUGAGGAUAUUACAAAGGUCUCCAUACCAUGUAAGAAACAAUGUUUCCGGUUGUAUGGAAGUGAAGGAUUUCCAUUGGUAGAUAUAAUGUUGGGGGUGAAUGAGCCAUCACCUAAGGUUGGUGAACGUAUUCUUUGUCGUCACCCCUUCAUUGAAUCUAAAAGAGCCUACGUUGUGCCACAGCGUGUGGAAGAGCUUCUAAAAUGCUAUUGGCCGGGAAAGUCAUAUGAAAAGAGAGAAGAACUACCAUCACUGCAAGAAAUGAGGAAUCAUUGCAUGCAGCAGUUACAAAAGAUGAGGUCCGAUCAUAUGAGGAGGUUAAAUCCAACACCGUACAAGGUUAGUGUGAGUGGCAAGUUGUAUGAUUUUAUCCAUUUUCUAUGGCUCAGUGAAGCACCGGUUGGCGAACUACAAUGAUGCUUUGAUAUCUCAUCCAAAAUUGGGAGAUCAUGUCACCUUAUACCUCUUCUGCCGGACUUGACAAAAUGUCUAGCCUUUCUUAUUGUUCAUUACAUUGUGCUCUAUACCUCUUCUGCCAUUUUUAUCUGUAAUUGAUUUAUUUUUAAUACAGCUCAUUUUUUCUCAUGUAGAUCACACACAACACACACACACACACACACACA